ACCAGUACGGUGAUCAAGAGGGUCAUACGAUACCGAUAAGAGCGUGCUUCUGAGCUUAUCGAUGAUUUUGUAAUACUUUCUGACAUCUGCACUGACCCAAACUCAAACGGACACAUACGUGUGCGGUAUAGUGUAGUACUGUAGUACAUAGACUUAGCAGUACAUGCCGCGACUUGGUUCAAACAUUAACAAACAGUUUGAACACACAAGCGAGAUUCGUAUUCCAGUCGGCGCGAUCGCUGCGAAUUGGUUUCAACUGGUGAAUUCCUCUCGGACCUUCUCUCGACAACGGUGACCUUUACACGCCUGCUACGAUCAGCAUCGGCCAAGGUGUGAUGCGGAUGUUAGGCUUGAUCGAGGCUGGACGUGAUUCACGUCAUCUACUGACCGCUGCGACUCGUGCUGUCACCCGUAAUAUCAGAUGUAUAAGUAAUCUUAAGGGCAAAGUAAUAGCUAUAAGGCGGGAAGACCAGUCAGUAUGGGAAAGGAGAGCACCGUUAGCCCCGGCCAAUGUUCGCCGCCUCGUCAGAUCGGGCGUGAAAGUGAUCGUGCAGCCCAGCAACCGAAGGGCAUAUCCCGCCCAAGCCUACCAGGCGGCGGGCGCCCUGCUGCAGGAGGACAUCAGCUCAGCCUCCGUCAUCUUUGGCGUAAAACAAGUACCCGUGGACCAAUUGAUACCCAAUAAGACAUAUUGCUUUUUCUCGCACACCAUUAAGGCCCAGGAGAGUAAUAUGCAGCUCCUGGAUGCGAUCCAGGAGAAGAACAUACGUCUGCUGGACUACGAGAAGCUUACGGACGCAAAUGGCCAGAGGGUGGUGGCUUUCGGCAAAUAUGCCGGAGUCGCUGGCAUGGUGAACAUACUUCACGGUUUGGGUCUGAGGCUGCUGGCCUUGGGUCACCAUACACCAUUCAUGCACAUCGGACCGGCACAUAAUUAUCGGGACUCAGCUAUGGCACGUCAAGCGAUCCGCGGCGCGGGAUACGAAAUUGCGCUGGGCGCUAUGCCUAAAUCGAUCGGCCCAUUGACCUUUGUCUUCUCAGGCAGUGGUAACGUUAGCCAGGGAGGUCAGGAGGUCUUCCAGGAGCUGCCCCAUGAAUACGUGCCGCCCGAAAUGUUGCGGAAAGUCGCCGAGCACGGCGAUAUGACGAAGAUAUACGGCUGUGAAGUGAGGCGCAGGCAUCACCUAGAGAGGAAGGAGGAUGGCGGUUUCGAUCCUGAGGAGUACGACCAGCAUCCGGAACUAUAUAUCUCCACUUUCAGCAAAAAGAUAGCGCCGUAUGCUUCGGUGAUCAUCAAUGGCAUAUACUGGGCGGUGGAUUCGCCGAAGCUGUUGACAAUACCUGACGCGAAGUAUCUCCUCAGACCCGCUAAUACACCAUGGCUGCCGAUAAGUGUCGGCGCGCCCGCCUUGCCGCACAGGAUGCUCGGUAUCUGCGACAUAUCCGCGGAUCCGGGCGGCAGCAUCGAAUUCAUGAACGAGUGCACGACGAUCGACACGCCAUUUUGUCUAUACGAUGCUGACCGGAACAAGGACACGAAAUCUUUCAAGGGCCCCGGCGUGCUGGUUUGCUCGAUCGACAAUAUGCCUACGCAACUGCCAAAGGAAGCGACGGAUUUCUUCGGCAAUCUUUUAUAUCCGUACGCUUUGGACAUCAUACAGUCUGACGCGAAAAAGCCGUUGGAUGAGCACAACUUCAGUCCUGCCGUGCACGGUGCCAUUAUCGCGUCCAACGGGAAAUUGACGCCCAAUUUCGAAUACAUCCAAGAACUCCGACAGUUGAAUCAACGCAGCAAGCACAAAGCUGAUAACGGAGAACAACAGAGCAAAACGGUGGUCGUUCUUGGCGCAGGAUACGUCUCCGCACCUUUAGUCGAAUAUUUGCAUAGGGAUAAGAAUAUAAGACUGGUAGUGGCGUCACAAUUGAAGGACGAGGCUGACGCGCUGGCCAAUCGAUUCCCAGGUGUGGAGCCAGUCUUCCUGAAUGUCCUAGAUCGUCCCGACACGUUGCACGAUGUAAUAAAAUCGGCGAAUGUGGUCGUCUCUCUUCUGCCGUACUCAUUGCAUCACGUCAUCGCUAAAGCUUGUAUAGAAACCAAGAAUCACCUGGUGACAGCGAGCUAUAUGAACGAUGACGUCAAGGCGUUACACGAAGAAGCUCAAGAAGCUGGCGUGACCGUACUGAAUGAAGUCGGAUUGGAUCCGGGCAUCGAUCAUCUCUUAGCGAUCGAAUGUUUCGACGAUGUGAGACAAGCGGGCGGCAAGAUAGAGUCCUUUGUCUCGUGGUGCGGUGGACUACCCGCGCCGGAGUGUUCCUCUAAUCCUCUGAGAUAUAAAUUCAGUUGGUCUCCACGAGGUGCACUGCUAAACACCUUAGCGCCAGCGAAAUACCUUCACGAGGGUCAGGAAGUAGAAAUUGCGGGAGGCGGCGAUUUGAUGUCCACCGUACAGGACUUGGACUUCCUCCCAGGCUUCGCCUUGGAAGGCUUCCCCAAUCGUGACAGCACGAUAUAUAGGGAUUAUUACGGUUUGCAAAACGCGAGUACCAUGCUGCGUGGUACACUCAGGUUCAAGGGAUUCUCAGAUACGAUACUGGGCCUGCAAUUGCUCGGUCUGAUCGAUCCUAAUCCGCAUCCGAUUUUACACCCGAACGGACCAGACAUCACCUGGCGAGUGUUGGCGUGCAACUUGCUCGGCCUGGCGAACGACAACAUCUUCUACGGGAAUCUGAAGCAGAAAUUGGCGGAAAGGGUAAACUCGUGGGAGCGCGUGAAGGCCAUCGAGGAACUGGGUCUUCUGGAAGAGGACCUGGUCUUGAAACUGAACACCCCUCUCGAUACGCUCACGCAUUACUUGUCGAAGAAGCUCUAUUACGAGAAAAACGAGCGCGAUCUUGUGAUACUAAGGCACGACGUAGGUAUACUUUGGCCAGAUAACAGGAGGGAAUCCAGAGGGAUCAACUUGGUGAUAUAUGGUGACGCAUCUGGACAGUCUGCAAUGGCGCGUACCGUCGGUUAUCCCGCGGCUAUCGCCGUCAAGAUGAUUCUGGAUGGUGAAAUUCAGCAACGUGGAAUGGUGCUGCCUUUUACACCCGAUAUAUAUCGACCUAUUCUUAAUCGACUGAGAGCUGAAGGCGUACAGUCCUUCGAGACUUCUAAAUGGCUCUGAUCGAUUCGCGUCACAAACUGUCAUAAUUUUCUUUUGCGUUGUACGUACCCUUUGUAUUGUAAAAACUAAAAAUUAAUAUAUACACUUCUCA